CCAAAGCGUUACUAUGUGGCUGCUGGUGCGGAUCAGCUUGCUUCCCCCGCUUUCUCAGUCAACUUACUGAGAUGCCUUUUCUUUUGCAAGAGGCUGUCAGCUCCGAGCCCCAGCAAGAAAUAAAAGACUUCACCUUGGAACAGUUCCUCUCACUCCUGCAUCAUUAAAGAGGAUUUUGAAAAGAAAACAAAAAAAUCAAGCCCCCUUUCCAGCCCCUCUUCGUUCCAGAAAGGAACAGAAACAGUUACGUGCUUCAGGACCCAAUCACAGCAGAAUAUAAGAAAAUAUAUCACCACUCAUGAAGUGAAUUAUAAGGUAGAAAAUGAUUGUCCGUGUUCACUUACUGUGAAGAUUUGAAAUCAGACAACUACAGCUUUGAUUCUCCCAAGUGUUUCAGGAUGUAAAUGUAGUCUGACCUUUCCCUGAUGGGCAGUUAAAUCAUGGACACGCUAAACAAUUUACUUUGGACUGUCCUUUCAAAAGAUGCUCUGGCUUCUCUCUUGAAUGCGCACUAAGCUUUUGUAACUGACAAGGAAAAGAAAGGAGACUGUGAACUGGAAAGCUAUCUUACAAUGAAAAUUACGAGCACAUCUUGCAUCUGUCCAGUCCUAGUGUGUCUCUGUUUUGUGCAGAGGUGUUAUGGAACUGCUCACCACAGCUCCAUCAAGGUGACCAGAAACCAGACCAAACAUAUUGAAGGUGAAACCGAAGUCCACCACCGUCCCAAAAGGGGAUGGGUUUGGAAUCAGUUCUUUGUUUUAGAAGAACAUAUGGGACCAGAUCCUCAGUAUGUUGGAAAACUGCACUCCAAUUCAGACAAAGGUGAUGGGUCUGUCAAGUACAUUCUUACUGGAGAAGGUGCUGGGACUAUAUUUAUCAUUGAUGAUACCACUGGUGACAUCCACUCAACGAAAAGCCUAGACAGAGAGCAGAAAACCCACUAUGUGCUUCAUGCCCAAGCUAUUGACAGACGAACAAACAAGCCUCUUGAACCUGAAUCCGAGUUCAUAAUCAAAGUACAAGACAUCAAUGACAAUGCUCCAAAGUUCACAGAUGGACCAUACAUCGUUACUGUACCUGAAAUGUCGGAUAUGGGUACCUCUGUUCUACAGGUGACAGCUACUGAUGCAGACGACCCUACCUAUGGAAACAGUGCCCGUGUGGUGUACAGUAUUCUCCAGGGACAGCCCUACUUCUCCGUAGAUCCUAAAACAGGAGUUAUUAGAACUGCCUUACAUAAUAUGGACAGAGAAGCCAGAGAACACUAUUCAGUGGUCAUUCAAGCCAAAGACAUGGCUGGGCAAGUUGGAGGGCUUUCUGGAUCAACAACGGUCAACAUCACCCUGACUGAUGUCAACGACAACCCCCCACGGUUUCCUCAGAAGCACUAUCAGCUAUAUGUUCCUGAGUCAGCUCAAGUUGGUUCAGCUGUUGGGAAAAUCAAAGCAAAUGAUGCAGACACUGGUUCAAAUGCUGACAUGACCUAUUCUAUCAUUAACGGUGAUGGUAUUGGGAUAUUCUCCAUCUCCACUGACAAAGAGACCAGAGAAGGGAUCCUUUCUUUAAAGAAGCCACUGAACUAUGAGAAAAAGAAAUCAUACACUCUCACCAUAGAAGGAGCAAAUACACAUCUUGAUUUCCGCUUUUCUCACUUGGGUCCUUUUAAAGAUGCUACCAUGCUGAAGAUCAUUGUUGGAGAUGUGGAUGAACCACCCCUCUUUUCCAUGCCUUCUUAUGUCAUGGAAGUCUAUGAAAAUGCCAAAAUUGGGACUGUCGUUGGCACAGUUUUGGCACAAGAUCCUGACAGUGCUAAUAGCUUAGUAAGGUACUUCAUUGACUACAGUGCUGAAGAUGAAAGAUGUUUCAACAUUGAUGCCAAUACUGGAACCAUUAGGACUACAAAGGUCCUUGAUAGAGAAGAAACUCCAUGGUACAACAUCACAGUGGCUGCCUCAGAAAAUGACAAUCCUGGUUUGCUGAGCCAUGUCACAGUGGGUAUUAGAGUUCUGGAUGUCAAUGACAAUCCACCCGAACUUGCCAGGGAAUAUGAUAUUGUUGUCUGUGAAAAUUCAAAGCCUGGCCAGGUAAUUCAUACCAUCAGUGCCACUGAUAAAGACGAUUUUGCAAAUGGACCAAGGUUUAACUUUUUUCUUGAUGAACGCCUAUCUAUAAACCCAAACUUCACUCUGAAGGACAAUGAAGAUAACACAGCCAGCAUUCUGACAAGGCGGAGGAGAUUUAGUCGAACUAUUCAGGAUGUGUAUUAUCUCCCCAUUAUGAUCUCUGAUGGUGGAAUCCCCUCUCUCAGCAGCAGCAGCACCCUCACCGUCAGGGUUUGUGCAUGCGAGAGAGAUGGGCGAGUGCGGACCUGCCACGCGGAAGCGUUCCUGUCCUCGGCUGGCUUGAGUACAGGGGCCUUAAUCGCUAUUCUGCUGUGUGUUGUCAUUCUCCUAGCAAUUGUAGUACUUUUUAUCACCCUGAGACGCAGCAAAAAAGAGCCGCUGAUCAUCUCUGAGGAGGACGUGAGGGAGAAUGUGGUCACCUAUGAUGACGAGGGUGGCGGAGAGGAAGACACCGAGGCCUUUGACAUCACAGCCUUGAGGAACCCAUCUGCCGCUGAGGAGCUCAAGUAUCGGAGAGAUAUCAGACCCGAAGUGAAACUCACCCCCAGACACCAGACAUUGUCCACCCUGGAAAGUAUAGAUGUUCAGGAAUUUAUCAAGCAAAAACUGGCAGAAGCCGACCUAGACCCCAGCGUCCCCCCUUAUGACUCUCUUCAGACUUAUGCUUAUGAAGGUCAGAGAUCAGAGGCUGGGUCCAUCAGCUCACUGGAUUCAGCGACCACACAGUCAGACCAGGAUUAUCACUACCUUGGAGACUGGGGACCUGAAUUUAAAAAGUUAGCUGAACUCUAUGGAGAAAUAGAAUCUGAAAGAACAACUUAGGGGGUUAAUUCUUGCAAUCUUGUAGAAUUUGCUUCCUGAGCAAGUGGAGAUACAACCUCAACAAUGACAAGGAAGAAACGUGGAGACAGUACUUGGAACUGAGCAAGCUGUACACAGCUACUGUAGAAACAAGUGCCCUUUCCAUGAUCGAAACUGGGUUAUUUAAUCAGAAGACAGUCAAAUUAAAAAAAAAAAAAAUACAGAGAAAAAGCUAUUGUUCCUUGUGUAUAUUUUCAAUUGCUCAAUAAAGUCUGUGGUACUGUUUAAUUAAGAAUACCUGAA